AAAACAUUCAAAAAAAAUUAAGUUAAAUUCAAAAUUUUCACAUAAAAUGAGUUCCAAGAAUAACGAGUGUCGAUUUUGUUUGAAAAAAAUGCUCGUCAAUGAAAGGAUGGCAUUAAUUGACGAUGAAAUUAAAGAUCAAUUCGUUGGUAUAACUCAGUUAAUGCUGGAAUCAGGCAGUGGAUUGUCUCAAAUCAUUUGCGAGCUAUGUCUUAGAUCAUUGCAACUAGCGAGUGCAGUAAAAUUGCAGUUUAUUGAAAAUCAGAGAAAAUUACAUUAUUUUGUUGACGAUUCUGAUGAAAAUGACUCAAAUCGAUCGGAAUCACCAACAAUACAGCCACCAGAACCGAUAACAAAGAGGCGAAAAAGGGAACCUAGACAUGACGACUAUAUUGACCCAUUAUCAUUAGUUACAGUCCAUUCUAAUGAGCUAUUUGAAGCUCCAGAAACAAUAAGACCAUCAACUUUUAAAAUAAAGCAGGAACAACCAUUCGAAUCAUACAAUUAUGAAGAACUACCCACAAUGUUGAGCGAACAAGAAGACAAAAAACCAAAAUUUACUCGUUCCUUUAACAUUCCAAAGAUGGAAAGAAAGCUUAAUGCCGUGGGCGAGAAAAGUUUUCAAUGUCCACACUGCAAAAAUUUCUAUAAGCGUAGACCUCAUAUGCUGAGGCACAUAGAAGUUGCCCACAUGAAAUGUAAAUUCAUCUGCGUCGUAUCCAAUUGUGAGCAAUUUUUUGUCCGUAAAGAGCGAUUGAAAAAGCAUCUUGAAGUCAGUCAUGCUGAUUUAGGGCCACAAGAGAUGUCAGCAAUGAUUGAUAAAUUAAGAGUCUUAAAGCCAGUAUACGGGAAUGAAGUUCCAGAAGUAUUUGAUGACAGCCAAAAUACAGGAGAUGACAGUAUGAACCAGAACCAGGACGAGAAAGAAGAAAAUGAUGCAGGAACUUCGAAUGACAUUGGAUCGACUUCAAAUGGUAUAAAUGACAUGUUUGAUGAACGAGAUUCGCUGUUUAGGGGACUCGAAUUGGAGAGGAGACGAAUUAUGGAAUUGGAAAAUGUCAGGGGAUUUAUGUCGGAUCUAAGAGAGGCUGGCAAAUCGUCAAUGAAUCAAACCAUGUGAAACGCAUUCUUUAACUUAUUCAAGAACUCAUAAUCGUACAAAAAAACAAAAAUCUGAC